GCAGCGCCCGCCGCCCCGGCCCCCGCCGCCAAGGCCGCCGCCAAGAAGCCGAAGAAGGCGGCGAGCGGCUCCAAAGGCCGCAAGCCCGCGGGGCCCAGCGUCACCGAGCUCAUCACCAAGGCCGUGUCCGCCUCCAAGGAGCGCAAGGGGCUCUCCCUCGCCGCGCUCAAGAAGGCGCUGGCCGCCGGCGGCUACGAUGUGGAGAAGAACAACAGCCGCAUCAAGCUGGGGCUCAAGAGCCUCGUCAGCAAGGGCACCCUGGUGCAGACCAAGGGCACCGGCGCCUCCGGCUCCUUCCGCCUCAGCAAGAAACCCGGGGAAGUGAAGGAAAAAGCUCCCAAAAAGAAAACUUCAGCUAAGCCCAAGAAGCCGGCGGCAAAGAAGCCCGCCAGCGCCGCCAAGAAGCCCAAGAAGGUGGUGACAGCGAAGAGCCCCAAGAAAGCAAAGAAGCCGGCGGCCAAGAAAGCAGCAAAGAGCCCAAAGAAAGUAGCAAAGGCUGUCAAGCCCAAGAAAGUGGCGGCAGCAGCGAAGAGCCCGGCUAAGGCAAAGGCAGUGAAGCCGAAGUCAGCCAAGCCGAAAGCUGCAAAGGCAAAAGUGGCCAAGGCAAAGAAGGCGGCGCCCAAAAAGAAGUAAAGUCACUGAGGAAGUCUUGCUCUGCAUUUAAACCCAACGGCUCUUUUAAGAGCCACCCACAUUCUCUUUCAAAGGUGCUGAAAUCAUGAGUUUGUGUAUUUAUACUGUAGUCGAAGGAGUUGGGGAUAAUGGCAGCUUUAGAAAAAUCCUUUCCAAUAGUUACACAAGGUCAGUAUUUUUAAAUACAGUUUUCCACCAUAUAGACGGUAAUUAAUACAA